AUGGGAUUCAAAGGAGACAAAGGAAACUAUGGCCUGCCGGGCGCCAAGGGGCAAAAGGGCAACAAGGGUGAAAUGUGUGAGAACGGCACCAAAGGAGAGAAGGGAGACAAAGGGGAGCUGGGAUUGCCAGGGAUCGAUGGGGAAAAUGGGGAGAAGGGAGAAAAGGGGGAGCUUGGGGAAAAGGGCUACUGUGGAGAUCCUGGCGAUAAGGGUGAUAGGGGAGAACGGGGGGAGAUUGGGCCCAAAGGAGACAAAGGUGUCAAAGGAGACAUGGGGGUCGAGGGGAUCCAUGGGAUGGAUGGGCAGAAGGGAGAAAAAGGAGACCAAGGUUUUAGGGGCGACAAAGGUGACCCAGGGCCAAUUGGGAUAAUGGGACCCCCUGGGGUGAAAGGAGCGACUGGCUUCAAAGGAAUCAGGGGACCCCCUGGGAAGAAAGGAGCAAAAGGUCCCAAGGGGUCAAAGGGCGAGAUCUUAAGCCCCCCCAGAUCAGCUUUCAGCGUUGGCCUGUCCAAGCCUUUCCCACCUCCCAACAUGCCUAUUAAGUUUGACAAGAUUCUGUACAAUGACCAGGAAGAUUACAAUCCCUUGACGGGGAAAUUUAAUUGCACCAUCGCUGGGGCUUAUGUCUUCUCCUACCACAUGACCAUCCGAGGGCGGCCUGCCCGCAUCAGCAUUGUGUGCCAAAACAGGAAGAUGGUCAGGUCUCGGGAGACCUUGUAUGGGCAAGAGAUAGACCAGGCUUCCUUCCUAACCAUUCUGAAAUUAAACAUAGGGGAUCAAGUUUGGCUGGAGGUCACGCGAGACUGGAACGGGGUUUAUGUUAG